AUGUGGGCGUACAGAAAGAACGACAUUGGCGUGCCUCCUACAAUCUCGCCAAUCGACCCGGCCUAUUCAUCGGACCUAACAGAGCUGGUUUUCGUGUACGUCAAGAUCACGAUGCGCGACACCAACCCGUCGUCGCCUCCGCUCGCGCCGUCUGCGAAUUGGCCGUUUGCUGCGCGCAAACCUCCCGUCCAUUCCUUCACGGCGAGCUUCUUCCCGUCCGUUAUCUCCUUUCAGGGGUACCCUGUCACAGAGCCUCCUCCUCCGCCUCCUCCGCCUCCCGCGGGGAGCAAUGCGGGGGUGUUUAUGGGCGUGGGCGUGGCGCUAGGAGUGCUACUGUUGGCGGCUGUUGCGGGCUUUCUAUACGUCUGGCUGGUGCGGCGGCAGCAGAGGGAGCAGGGGGAUAAGAAUCUGGACAGGGGCCGUGCAGCUGUGUUUGCUGCAAUGCACUCUGCAGGUAAGAACCGCUGGUGGUUUGGAGUGGGGGGGAGUUUGCGGAGCAAAGGAAGCAAGGGGGAGUUGACAAGCAAGCGGAGUGAAGGGGAUACUGGUGCGGAGAAGGAUAGCAAAGAGCUAGCAGAUGUGGGGAGUGCGGAGAUGCAAGGCAUUUCAGGUGAAGUUUUCACAGGGGAGAGUUCUUUAGUGCUCAGCGCCAUUCCUUUCAUUGCCACCGCUGACGCCGCUGCCCCCGCUCCCCCUUCUUCCCCCGCUCCCGCCUCCGCAAACGCCUUCCGCGUCCGCUCCCUCCGCCCGUCAUUCCCGCCUUCCGCGCUUCACCCGCACUUCUCCAUCCCCGUCCGGAGCCUCCAGCGCGCCGUCGUUCCGCUUCCGCCGCACGUCCCCCCGCGCACGCCGUUCGAGCAGGUCGUGCGCGCGGUGCAGCCGCUCGCCUUCAAAACCGCCGCUACCAUCCUCGCCGACCCGUCACAGCAGGGCAAGAACGGCUCCGUGAAACCCGCCGAUGUUAGCGCCGCAGUUAGCGGGCUCGUUGCGGAAGGGGUCGAGGUCCGCGUGGAGGUAUGGCCGCUCGCCGUAGCGCAAUUGGCGUCGCUCGAGUGGUUCGAGUUCAGCCUUCCGAAAGCCGUGAACGUUACUAGCCAGGUUCCCGCAGCAAGCGGCGGGCCUGGCGGAAAAGGAAGCGGAGGUCCCGCGGGCGGAAUCGACACAGUAGUGCUGAUGUACGUCAAAAUAUCCGCGCCAGACGCGGCCAUUCCCACGCCGGCUUCGUCCACGUGGCCGUUCAGCAACUCCUCGACCUCCUCCGCAUCUCCCGGCUCGUCGUCUUCCGCCGCCGCGACGGCUUACCUCAAGCCGAUGAGCUUCGUGUCGCCGCAAGUGGCGCUGCUGACUUACACCUCGUCCCACGAAUAUCGCCGCCCCGUCCCCUCCGGUUCUCGCUCCCCCGAGCCCACCCCCCCCGCCGUACGUCCCCCCGCCUCCGCCAUCCCCGCCGGCGCCGCCCCCUCCGCCUCCCCCGGACUCGUCAGUCCCCGCGUGGAAGAUCGCGGUGGGGGUGGUGGCGGGGCUGGUGGCGCUGCUGACGGCGGCGGGGCUUGCAGCGCUGGUGUAUGUCCGCAUGUCGCGGCAGCAGGGCAAGCAGAACGCGAGUAA